GAGGCUAUCUGCUCACUGGGUCUUGAGCUUAAGGCAGGCCUUGCCAAGGGGAGCAUUCUUAUCCCCCACUUUUGUUGUCGGCUCCAUGGAAUUUGUGACAGGCCUGGUGCACCUCCAAGAGGAGUCUAGCUGCCCCAUCUGUUUGGAUUACUUGAAAGACCCAGUGACUAUAAACUGCGGGCACAACUUCUGUCGCUCCUGCAUCAACAUGAUGUGGAAGGAUCUAGAUGAUACCUUCCCCUGUCCUGUCUGUCGUUUUUGCUUUCAUAACAAAAGCUUCAGGAGCAAUCGCCAGCUCAGUAAUCUGACUGAAAUUGCUAAAAGACUGCAGGUCCGAAGGAGCAAGAGGAAAAGGCAGGAGUAUUCUAUGUGUGAGAAGCACAAUCAGUUUCUGACCCUGUUUUGUGGGAAGGACCUAGAGGUUUUAUGUACACAGUGCAGUUUCUCUGUUCAACACCAGAAACACUAUAUUUACCCCAUUAAGAAAGCUGCCACCUUUCACAGGAAAAUUCUAGAAUAUAGCAUUGAGCCCUUGAGGGACAAUGUGGAACGAGUUGAAAAAGUGUUAAGUCUUCAAACCAGCAAAAUAGUGGACCUGAAAAGGAAGGUAGAGGACAGGAGAGAAGAAAUCAUUUCCGAAUUUGAGCAAAUCAGACAGUUUCUACAGAAUCAGCAAGAGGCUCUUCUUAGGCAGAUGGACGAUGAAGAGAGGGACAUUCUAACAAAACUAAACGAGAACCAGAGAACAUUUUCAGGUCACGUUUCCACAUUAAAACAUCUGCUCAAGGAGGUAGAGUGCAGGUGUGUGCAGUCAGAACUGGAAUUACUGACCCAUAUUAAGGGUAUCUACAACAGGUAUCAAAAUCUAACAUAUCCUGAGCUCUUCGUAUUCCAGUUAAAGAAAUACGGAUUUAGUCUUCCUCCACAGUAUUCUGGCUUGGACAGAAUUAUCAAGCCAUUUAGAGCAGAUGUGAUGCUUGAUCUUGAAACAGCACACCCUCAGCUUAUUGUGUCUGAGGAUAGAAAAAGUGUGCGAUAUGGAAACCAAAAAAAACACCUUUGUUACAACCCGAGGAGAUUUUAUCUCUGCCCUGCUGUCCUGGGUUCGAGGAGCUUUAAUUCUGGCCGGCAUUACUGGGAGGUAGAAGUGGGAAACAAACCUAAAUGGACCUUGGGGGUGUGUCGAGACCGUUUUCCCAGGAAUUGGAGGACUUGGCCUGUAGUUGAGGGUGGAUUCUGGGCAAUUGGGCGAUACAUUGAAAGCAUUUAUGUUAUACUGGGUGGUAAGAGAACCCAACUUCUGCCUAUAGUAAGACCCAGUAAGAUUGGCAUUUUUCUGGACUGCGAGUUGGGUGAAGUUUCCUUUUACAAUAUGAAUGAUAGAUCUCUCCUCCAUAAUUUUAAUGAUUCUCUUAUAGAAGCUGUGUGUCCCUAUUUCUAUAUUGGAGUAGAUUCUGAACCUCUUAAAAUCUCUUCAGUAACAGAUGAUGAACGAUGAAGUACCUGGGAAACCGUGUCAUUUCAAUGUCUCGGGGUAACUUAGCCAGUAAAUUUAGUCUCAGUAAUUCUGGACUCUUCACGGUUUACUGCUGAAAACCAGAAUAGAUUUUUCUCCCAUUUUCAACAACUAUAAAAACAUGGUAGUAAUGCCAGUUUUAUAGAUGUUUUGGUAUCAAUGGCCAAGUGCUUUGAAGUUCUUAGAGUAUUUGAGAAUUAAAUUACUUACCAAAUCCAAGAAAAUAUUUUCUGUUGAAAUUGUAUGUAGGUUGCCUUUUAAUGAUAGUCAUUCCUUUACAGUUGAGUAAGUUGUCUUAACAGAUACCCUUAAUACAUACCUACCUUCAGUGGAUUCUUUGGUUUCUUUCCAUAAUUCUUGACACCAUAUUUCCUCUUCACUGUAUAUGUCUAUUAGUUGACACAGUUGGCUGAAUAGGUACUUAAUGAUUUUGGCCUUUUAAAGGCCCUUUCUCUACACACUUUUAAAAAAAAAAAAAAUUUCACAGAGAUUACAAAUAGGCAGAGGGACAGGCAGCGAGAGGGGGAAGCAGGCUGCCUGCUGAGCAGAGAGCCCAAUGUGGGGACCCUGAGAUAAUGACCUGAGCCGAAAAGCAGAGGCUUAAUUAAUUGAGCUACCCAGACGCCCCUCCCUACACACAUUUAUACAUACAAAUGUAUGUGUAUAAUCUGAACAGGUUUUUUCCUGGUGAACGUGGUUCUGGGUCUCACAUUCCAAUCUGAAUGAGCUACCUAUAUAUAUAGCUGUCUGUUUACUAUCCACUGUCUUGGGAAUUGUCCUCUGUUCUUAAAUUCCUUAUUGGUUUAAUCCCACGUCUUCCUGCUUGUUUUAUCUUUUCAUUUGGAGUGUCAUCCUACCCCAGAUACUUUAAAAUUGGGGGGAUUUUGCAUGUUUCGAAAUUAUUUUACUCGACAUCUACUGAGGUGACAGUUAAGCCAAAUACGUAUGGCUACAUUGGAAAUCAUACUACCUAAUCUUCAAAAGAUACUAUUCUUUCUAAGUCUGAUACUAGUCUACUGUUGAUAUUUGGGUACCAUUUUUUAGGAUGUUUUACUAAUUUUUUAAUUUUAAUUUUUAAGAUUUUCUUUUUUAUUUGACAGAAACAGGGAGCACAAGCAGUGGGAGAGGGAGAAGCAUACUUCCUGCUGAGCAGGGAGCCCUGAUGUGGGGCUCAAUCACAGGACCCUGGGAUCAUGACCUAAGCGGAAGGCAGACACUUAACUGAGCCACCCAGGCACCCCACUUAGCAUGUUUUAAAGACCUUUUUUACUCUUAGUGUUCUGAGUUUUUAUCCAUUUAUUUUGCUGAGUGGUGAGAUACUCUGUCAGGAUUAUUAAGAGAAACAACCAGUAAGAUGUACAUUUUUAAAGAAGGGUUUAUCUUAAGUGGUUGGCUCAAAUGGUAGUGGAGACCAAGAAAUCUGUGAAGACAGGCAUGGCAGGUUUUAAAACCAGCAACCUAGGGAUCCAGGGAAGACUGACUGCUGCAGUUCAAGUGUGAAGGUCAUCUCCCAGUAGAACUCCCUCUUGGCUUGUGAUAGUUCAGACUUCUGUUUUGUUCGUGCUUUCAGUAGAUUGAAUGAGGCUCUCCCACAUAAGAGGACAAUCUCCUUAAAGUCCACCAGUUUAAGUGUCAGUGUUUUCCCAAAAUCUCCCUCGGGAACAAUCAAAUAAUAAGUAUAAGAAAUUGAUUGAGCAACUUAGAAGCUAAGAAAGCGCUAUGGGUCCAGGGAAGAGUAAAUCAGUGACCAGGGGAUAAAAGUACUGUGAGUGUGUGUGUGCGUGUGCGGGCAUGUGCAUGUGGGGGUUAGCUGCCUGAACUUGGGUGGUCAGGGUAGGCAUUUUAGAGAACACAGCAGAACUUCAGAUGAGGGAAAAGCAGUGGUAGCAGGGAGAAGGGCUCAG